AUGCGGUACCCAUGUUUUGCUCUUUCUGCUUCUCUGCGAGAGCAUGUCAAAGGCCAUGGUGCGCUGCUGGUAGUAGUCCACCAGUGGGCAGCACCAAGAGAGCAGACUCUCCAGAUUAAGGAGCUGGAAAGCCUGCUGGAGGCCAGCAUAGAAGAUGAGCGCAAGGACAGUGGACAUCAGUUCCUACUGCUGGUUGCUCUCAUCACUGUGGCCAGCCUUUGUGGCCAGCGGGUCCUGUGCCAGCUGCUAGGAUUACUUGGGCUUCGGUUUGGAGGAGAAAAUUUAAUGUCGUCAGAAGACCGGGAAGCUCAAGAGGAUGAAUUGUUGGCCCCGGAGAGUAUUUAUAAUGGAGACGAAUUUAGAACAGCAGAGUCUGUCCAAGGUGGAGAAACCAGGAUCUAUUUGGAUUUGCCACAGAACUUCAAGAUAUUUCUGGGCACCAGGGAUAUAGCCAAGACUGACCCCAAGACUGAGCAGGAACUUACCUCAGUGGUGCAGACACUCCUGCAGCAGAUCCAAGAUAAAUUUCAGACCAUGUCUGACCAGAUCAUUGGGAGAAUUGAUGAUAUGAGUAGUUGUAUUGAUGAUCUGAAGAAGAACAUCGCAGAUCUCAUGACACAGCCUGGGGUGGAAGAACUGGAAGGUGAAAACAAGAUACCUGCCACACAAGAGGUGAAGGUUGCUAAUAAUUUAUACUGA